AUGGGUUGCCUGUUUGAGGAUGAGCUCUGUACACCUUACGAGUUCUGCGCUAACGACAGAGUGUUUGGAAGGUGUCUGGAGUUACCUAGUGCGGACCUAUACACCUAUGAUGUGUCAGCCUCUGCUCUACAGCACUUGAGGACUCUCCUCCAGAAACUGUCCCACAGAGGGUUGACAUGGCAGGAUGCUACCACCCAGCAGGUGAUCUCCAGAGAGCUUUCCAAGAUACGCAAGGUUCCUAUCCGAAGGCCGGAACCCCCUUCUGCCUCUCUGACACUCUAUGGUGGAGCCAGGAAGCUCAAGACUGGAAAGGGAGAGCUUGGCGUCCAGAAGUACCUGCAAGAGCUUGGUCUCCUUCCCCAGUCUGUUGGCACUGCUCGCCAGGGGCCCCAGCGAGAGAGCCCCCUCACCAAGAAUGAAGACUUCCAGCCCAAGAAGGGAAAGUCUACAUUCUAUCGUCUACAGUCUGCAGAACCACCCCAGGGGGGUAAGGUCUUCACAAAGGGGGCCGUGGGGAGCUGGAGACCCCCAGUGGAGACAGCCUACUCCAGCCAGGAGCCUGGGAGUGCCAGGGGAAGUGCCAAGGGGUUGACUGCCCAGCUGGAGCGCUACCUGGCUGGGGCAGCACACACCCAGAGCCGCCCUUUACAAGGGGCAGUGGUGGGAUCAGUGGUGGGACCCAAGGGGAAGCUCCACUAUGUCAGCUAUGUCAGCCCUGUACGCUCUGGUGAUCAGGUGGAACCCCAGACACGACUUGGUGGCAGUGGCUCCAAACCUCCAAGGCCCAACAUAGACAGGCUUCUCUUCAAGGCUGCUUCCAACCAUCAGGUGCCCAAGGAACAGCUCAGUACAGUGGAUGAACGGUUCAUCCAGAACGUGGUCAACCAGCUGGGGAGGCAGAGAGUGAACAUGGACGGUUUGAUGGGUAAAGACCUGAACCAGCUGGCAGACAUCAUCUCUGAGGCCCUGCAUGUGGUGGAUGGGGAGGGGCCCGGGGCUAGAGCUAAGCCCAGGGUCAUGGCACCCAUACGGGACAGGCAGAUGAAGAGAGAGCCCUUACCUUCCAAGGACCAGGAUGAGGAGGACCAAGACGUCAUGUUGGGGCAAGAUGCAAGGCUUCAAGGGCAACCAAUGGAGGAUGCAGACUCUGAGCCAGACGACAAGGACCCAGUCUUCGUCACUAAGCUGUUGGAGUACCUCAAUAUGGACCCCUUCAGUGAUGAGCCAGAUGCCCAGAUGGAGGUUGAUGGUGCUGGGGCAGCAGGCGGCCCCUCUUUUGAGGGCCAGAGAACAGUGGGUCUGGAGAAUGUGAGAAGCAGGACCACACAGGGCCAGGUGCCUGUACCACACCCAUGGGAGGAGAGGAACAUGGCCAUAGGAGGAGAGGAUAGAUCUCCAGACCAACCAAUGGAUGUCCAGGCUUCUGAAUCCAUGGUAGACUCCGAGGUGGAGAGGUGGAUCCACGGUACCAAAGCUCCUCCUCCUCUGGAGACUGAGACAGACCUCCUGGCAGAUAAACCACAGAAGAAGAAUCUCCUAGCAGAGCCACAGAAACAGGACAUGCAACUCCAGGAGGAGGAGGAGGUGGUGCAUAUGGGGGUCAAAGCUUACUCAAAGGCACAUCGAGGGAAAAACCACCUCGGCGACUUUGGCUACAUCAUUACAGACACAGCCUCCCUCACCUCUGACCAGGGCCUGGACCUGAUGGAACAUGUGGGUCGGAGGAUCAACCUCCAUGUGGCCAACAUUCUCCACCUCUCAGUGCUGGGUCCAGCUGUGACCUUCAGGGUGGGCUCCAACCCUCAUAAUGUCAGCACUGCAGAUCUUGCCCACGUUGCAGUUCAGCAAAAGAAGCAGCUGGAGAAGGAAACUGGUGUGAAGAUCCUGGAGGCUGGUGUCAGUGAUAAGGGCAGCUUGAGACAGAUCCCGGUGGUCAAGGAGAGUCAUCUGGAGUCUGGUCAGUUCAUGGUCUUGACCAUCAUCUCCAUGGUCCUGAUCAUGGGGGCGCUGGCAGUGUCUGGCUGGCUCUUCUGCCUGCGCCACCGCUCCCACCUCCAACUGAAGGAGAAACUAGCCAGCCUGGGGACUGACACCAGCGCUGAUGCAACCGCAACCUAUCAGGAGCUGUGUCGCCAGCGGAUGGCUGUGCGCACAUCGGAGCGUGCGGAGUGCCCGGAGCCUCUGCGGCGCCUCUCGCGGCUGAACAGCUCGUCUUCUCAGUUCAGCGACGGGGGACCCAUAGCCAGCCCCUCGGCCCGUAGCUCCACUUCCUCCUGGUGCGAAGAGCCUGUCCCUUCCAACAUGGACAUCUCCACCGGCCACAUGAUACUGUCGUACAUGGAGGACCACUUGAAGAACAAGAACCGCCUGGAGAGGGAGUGGGAGGCGAUGUGUGGUUACCUGGCUGAGCCCGGUGACUGUGACGUGGGCCAGGGCCAACACAACACCAAGAGGAACCGCUCUGACGCCGUGGUUGUCUAUGAUCAUUCCAGAAUCACCUUGAAGGCUGAGAAUAACCAUGGCAACUCGGAUUACAUCAAUGCUAGCCCAAUUAUGGACCAUGACCCGAGGAACCCCAUGUACAUCGCUUCACAAGGCCCUCUACCCUCCACCGUGGCUGACUUCUGGCAGAUGGUGUGGGAGAGUGGCUGUGUGGUCAUCGUCAUGCUAACGCCCCUGUCUGAAAAUGGAGUGAAACAGUGUCAACAGUACUGGCCAGACGAGGGCUCCAAUGUCUACCAUGUUUAUGAGGUGAACCUGGUGUCAGAACACAUCUGGUGUGAGGACUUCCUGGUCAGGAGUUUCUACCUGAAGAACUUGCAGACCAACGAGACACGCACUGUCACGCAGUUCCACUUCCUUUCCUGGGUGGACCACAGCAUCCCUGACUCAGCCAGGACACUGCUGGACUUCCGUAGAAAGGUUAACAAGUGCUACCGGGGUCGGUCUUGUCCAAUAAUUGUCCACUGCAGUGACGGGGCUGGCCGAAGCGGAACGUACAUCCUGAUUGACAUGGUCCUCAAUAGGAUGGCUAAAGGUGCUAAAGAGAUUGAUAUUGCCGCUACCCUGGAGCACUUGAGAGACCAAAGAGCCGGCAUGGUCCAGACAAAGGAGCAGUUUGAGCUUGCGCUGACAGCCGUAGCGGAGGAGGUGAAUGCCAUCCUUAAAGCACUUCCACAGUGAAACUCGACGCCGCCCCACACCGUGCCACGUCUCGCUGUCUAAACACAUGUUUUUCUGCCCACUCAAGUCUGUCAUCUCGCUUUUGUCCCAAAUGGCACCCUAUUCCCUACGUAGUGCGCUACUUUUGAACAGGGCCCAUAAGGGUCUGGUCAAAAGUGGUACACUAUGUAGGGAAUAGGGUGGUGCCAUUUGGGACAUACAUACCUAUCUUCUCUUGUUUCUCUCUCCUCUGAUUCUCGCUCUUGGUAUACUUAUGAAUGUUGUGCCAGAUACCUGACCGACCUGGUCUUCUUAAGUGUGAAAUAUUAUUUUUGCAGUUGUGUUCCAGUGCCACUUACAGAUAGCUAGACAAAGUCAUGUGUGUUCUCUCUCUCUCUCUCUCUCUCUCUUUGUGAUCUGAAUAAUCUAUUAUACUAAGAAUCAGAUAAUUGGUUAUUGAUGUGUGAAGAAUAUGAUAUUGUAUUCAAGGCCUGAACAUCUGUGUCCUGUAUAUAGAGAAGAUGCUUCAAAGAACAAUGUUCGAAGUGAUCUUUACUAUUAAAGUUCUGAACCACAUUCUAUGGCCCUGUUCAAAUACAUUCGAAAUGUAUCCUUCCUGCCUUGAGAAUCUGUAAGUGAUAUACACUACCGGUCAAACGUUUUAGAACACCUACUCAUUCAAGGGGUUUUUCUUUAUUUUUACUAUUUUCUACAUUGUAGAAUUGUAGAAUAACACAUAUGGAAUCAUGUAGUAACCAAAAAAGUGUUAAACAAAUCAAAAUAUAUUUUAUAUUUGAGAUUCUUCAAAGUAGCCAGCCUUUGCCUCAAUGACAGCUUUGCACACUUGUCAUUCUCUCAACCUGCUUCACCUGGAAUGCUUUUCUAACAGUCUUGAAGGAGUUCCCACACAUGCUGAACACUUGUUGGCUGCUUUUCCUUCACUCUGCGCUCCGACUUUUCCCAAAUCAUCUCAAUUUGGUUGAAAUCGGGUGAUUGUGGAGGCCAGGUCAACUGAUGCAGCACUCCGUCACUCUCCUUCUUGGUCAAAUAGCCCUUACACAGCCUGGAGGUAUGUUCGGUCAUUAUCCUUUUGAAAAACAAAUUAUAGUCCCAUAAGCCCAAACCAGAUGGGAUGGCGUAUCGCUGCAGAAUGCUGUGGUAGCCAUGCCAGUUAAGAGUGCCUUGAAUUCUAAAUAAAUCACAGACAGUGUCACCAGCAAAGCACCCCCACACCAUCACACCUCCCCAUCCAUGCUUUACGGUGGGAACUACACAUGUGGAGAUAAUCCGUUCACCACACCGCGUCUCACAAAGACACGGCAGUUGUAAUCAAACAUCUAUAAUUUGGACUCCAGACAAAAGGAGAACUUUCCACCGGUCUAAUGUUCAUUGCAUGUGUUUCUUGGCCCAAGCUAGUCUCUUCUUCUUAUUGGUGUCCUUUAGUAGUGGUUUCUUUGCAGCGAUUUGACCAUGAAGGCCUGAUUCACUCUUGAUGUUGAGAUGAUUUGAUGUUGAGAUGUGUCUGUUACAUGAACUCUGUAAAGCAUUUAUUUGUGCUGCAAUUUCUGUGGAUAGUAACUCUAAUGAACUCAUCCUCUGCCACAGAGGUAACUGGGUCUUCCUUUCCUGUGGCGGUCCUCAUGAAAGUCCGUUUCAUCGUAGCACUUGAUGGUUUUUGUGACUGCACUUGAAGAAACUUUAAAGUUCUUGACAUUUUCCUGAUUGACUGACCUUCAUGUCUUAAAGUAAUGAUGGACUGUCGUUUCUCUUUGCUUAUUUGAGCUGUUCUUGCCAUAAUAUGGACUUUAUGGCAAGAACAGCUAUGGACUUUUACCAAAUUGGGCUGUCUUCCGUAUACCCCCCCUACCUUGUCACAACACAACUGAUUGGCUCAAAUGCAUUAAGACAUUCCACCUAUUAACUUUUAAAAAGGCACACCUGUUAAUUGAAAUGCAUUCCAGCUGACUACCUCAUGAAGCUGAUUGAGAGAAUGCCAAGAGUGUGCAAAGCUGUCAUCAAUGCAAAGGGUGGCUAUUUGAAGAAUAUAAAAUAUAAAAUCUAUUUUGAUUUGUUUAAAACUUUUUCUUGGUUACUACAUGAUUCCAUGUGUGUUAUUUCAUAGUUUUGACGUCUUCACUAUUAUUCUACAAUGUAGAAAAUAGAAAAAAAUAAAGAAAAACCCUUGAAAGAGUAGGUGUUCUAAAACGUUGGAUCGGUCGUGUACCCACCCCUCGAAGAACUCCCUAGAAAGGAAGGAACCUAGGAAGAAACCUAAAGGAACCAGGCUCUGAGGAGUGGCCAAUCCUCUUCUGGCUGUACCACCACCCUAUUGCUUUCCCCCAAUCCAACCGAUUCAUAUCUGUGAUAACUUGAAGUAGGAAGGAAGUGUUUAAACAGGGCCUGUAUGUGAGGCUCGAUUUAGUCAGAUACGCUUUAGCCAAUAUCCGCAUAGCAGUUGUUUUGACUUGUGUCGGAGGUGGAACUGCGUUAAGAGCUGUCAAAUCCACAAGCAGCUCCCGGCAUUAUACCUAAAGCGGACAAUGCCAUUGGCUGCGCAGUCGCAUGAACAGAAAUCCCAUGCAGCCAUGCAGUUCGAACCCUUGAAUGUGAGAUGUUAUUUUGUUGAAUGAUUUUUCAAUUCGAUCAUCAUUAUUUCUAUAUAGCCUACAAUGUCUCGUUGUGAACUUAUAACACGAUUGGGGCGGGUGUGGCUUCAUGACAAUGACUAAGAGCAGCUGCACACCGAUUUCACGGCUCCAAGGCAAUUCAAUCUCCGACACAGCCAAAACAUCCGCUAUGUGGGUGUCUGCAAUCGCUGGUUAGUGCUUGAUCUGAUUUAAUCUAGUUGUUCUCUUGUGCAGACUGCUUUUGUUUGUUAUGUACAUUGUUUUGUAUAUUAAUUUAAUACCGUUAAUAUUUAAAAUCACUGAAAUGUAAUGAUUAUAAAUACAAGUGUACAAAACAUUAAGAAGACCUUCCUAAUAUUGAGUUGUUUUGCCAAGUUACCCUCGGAAUGACAAACAUACACAAUCCAUGUCUCAAUUAUCUCAAGGCUUAAAAAUCCUUCUUUAACUAAGCUGUCUCCUCCCCUUCAUCUACACUGAUUGAGGUGGAUUCAACAAGUGACAUAAAUAAGGGAUCUUAGCUUUCACCUGGUUAGUCUAUGUCAUGAAAAGAGCAGGUGUUCUUAAUGUUUUGUACGCUCAGUGUAGCGUGAGCAAUAUAGAUAUUAACAAUAUGAUGUGAUAUGAUUAACCUGAAUUAUAUUGGCAUUGUUAAUAUGUUUUGUUUUGUCCUCUUAAUCGACAGAAUAUUGUGACUCAUGUGUACAGGUAAAGUCCAUGUAUAGAAUAUAAAUUAUGUGGAAGCUUGUUGUGCUAUUAAAAUGUUUUACUGAA